AUCUGUAUCAUUUCAGCCCCUUCGCCGCACCCACUUUGCUCUUUAUAUUUUCAUUUCUCUUUCUACCCUUCAAAUUAUAUCUAUAAUUUCGCAGACACCCUUCUCGCCUUACCUUUCCUUUCCUCUCCUUUCCUCUGCCAACUCAUCCACGCAUAUACACACACACACACACACACUUUUCUUGCAUUUGCAAUUAAUGUCUGUCAUCACACACACACACACACACACACACAAGCACAACUCACCUUCCCUUACCUUACCUUCUCUCCAUCUCUAUCUCUUCUCCGAUGCACCUUUCUAGGUUAGCAGUUGGUAUCACAUUUCUUCUCGCCUGUUUAUAAAUGCACACUCUCAAGUCUCAACCUCGAGUCUGCCCUGCCCUGCCCAUCAAGACCAAAGGCUGAGCUGUUCGGUUUGUUAUCUACUCUUUUCUAGCUGGCUUCGCUAUCGGUGGUUAUCGGUUUGCAUCUACAUCUGCUGUUUGGACAUUUGACGAAGACGAGGAAAACGACACAAGUUUCUAAAUUUAGUCUUCAUACAGCGCCGAUCUGAUGGUUAAAGUAUUGUAGUUCUUGGCUGUAUUUUCAUGUAUUGUUUGGAUCGUAAGUAUCGGUUGGGAUUCAUUUUCCUAUAUCCUUUGUGAGGUGGAUGACUUGAGGGAGAUGGGUGGGUGUGUUUCAAUUAGUAGCCGGAGUAGUUGUAGUAGCCGGAACAAUGGGGAGAGCAUGUCAUCGUCAUGCUUGUGGAUCGAUACUCUCUGGCACAAAAGAAGUAGGAGAACCUUCUCCGAUCAUGUCACUACUUUGCAUCAUCUGUCGUCAGUUCCCAACCGGAUAUUUGCUAACGGGAGGAGCGGCAGUUCGUGCAUAUUCACUCAGCAAGGCCGGAAAGGCAUCAACCAGGAUGCCAUGAUCGUAUGGGAAGAUUUUAUGGCAGAGGAUGUUACCUUUUGUGGUGUCUUCGAUGGCCACGGUCCUCAUGGCCAUUUGGUUGCUCGGAAAGUUAGGGAUACAUUGCCAUUAAAACUUUCCUCUUUCUUGAAUUCUUUUGAGUCAAAGAAGGGUGGAUCUGCGGCCAACUGUUGUAACCGAGAUGUGAAGUCGGAAGUGGUCGAUCCUGCAAAGGAUACCAUUCCUCAGGAGGAGAGAGUGGAGUCGCUGUGGCGAGAAGCUUUUCUCAAAGCAUACAAGGCUAUGGACAAAGAAUUGAGGUCCCAUCCUAAUUUGGAUUGCUUUUGCAGCGGAAGCACUGCAGUGACUAUUGUAAAACAGGGUUCGAAUCUUUUCAUGGGCAACAUCGGUGACUCCCGAGCAAUAUUGGGAUCUAAAGAUGGAAACGAAUUGAUGGUGGCGAUCCAAUUAACUGUUGAUCUAAAACCCGAUCUUCCAAAGGAGGCAGAGAGGAUAAAGCGGUGCAAGGGCAGAGUGUUUGCCUUACAAGAUGAGCCUGAAGUGCAAAGAGUUUGGUUGCCGUUUGAUGAUGCCCCGGGUUUAGCAAUGGCUCGGGCUUUUGGGGAUUUUUGUCUCAAGGAAUAUGGAGUGAUUUCCAUCCCGGAAUUCACUCACCGGACUCUCACUGACCGGGAUAAAUUUAUUGUUCUUGCUUCUGAUGGGGUUUGGGAUGUGCUGAGCAAUGAAGAAGUGGUUGAGAUCGUAUCAUCGGCUCCAUCACGGUCAUCAGCUGCCCGGAUAUUGGUCGAGUCGGCUGCCCGGGAAUGGAAAUCCAAAUACCCGACGUCCAAGAUGGACGACUGUGCAGUUGUGUGCUUGUUCCUUGACGGGAAGAUGGACGCGGAGUCUGACAUGGAAGAGCAGGGGUUCUCGUCGGCAACCCUCCAGAGCAACCACUCAGGCAAUGCUGGGGAGUCGGAUGAUGGGCAGAGCGCCGAGCCAUGUCUCCAGAGAAACUUUACUGUCAGAUCAUCGUCGGAGGAGAAGGACAACAACGAACAGCACGGGCGGGGGGAUGUUGAGGAUCAGAACUGGUCGGGAUUAGAAGGGGUGACGAGGGUGAACUCUCUGGUUCAGCUGCCCAGGUUCUCGGAAGAACGCCCACGCCCCACCACCUGACCGACCUGAGCAAUGCUUGAUUGAUUCAUUGAUGAAUUACAGGUUGUCUGAAUUAAUGUUGUUUAUGGAUGUGUUUGUUUGGAAAAAUCGAUUCAUGGUAGAGAAGAAAUUUCAUGGAAGAAUGAAUCCUUUUGUUGAAAUGUUGAAUAUUCCUUCCUUCCUUCCUUGUGCAUAUAUAUAUAUAUAUAUAUUUAUGCGUCGUUGUGUAUUUAUAUAUAUGGUCGUGUUUUUGUUUUAAUUUGUAUUCCUUUUCGUGUGUAUUUGUUUCGCUAUGGUUUUGAAAAUGGUGGAAUAUAUGAAAGUGGAUAUAGACAUUAUGAA